ACCCCCCCACUCCUGCUCCCACGCCUGCUCUGCCGGGCUGCACCGACGCCGAGGGCACUUCAAGGGACGCGUUGAACAACACGUGCGAGUACUACAGGGCUCGGUGGAUUUCAGCGAUCACUGCGGGCUGUACGACACCGACAACUUCACUGCCGCUGCAAUGUGCUGCAUCUGUCAGGGGGCGUGCGUGGACAAUUCGUCGUGGACUCAUUGGAGAUUCAAUGUGGGUACUUCAGACUGUGAAGAGGUGGCGCGAAAUACACAUUGGUGCUGGGAGUAUGGCUUUUCUGAUCUAG